ACGUGACGUAAACACGUUCAUUUCCCCUUACGUUGACGCUCAUUGGGAAACAUGUCGGCUUCCGAGCCUUCGACAAAGGAGUCUCUAGAAGGAUAUGUCUCAGAGUCUAUAGCUGUCCCAAGUCAAGUCAAGCAAGAUAAUGCUGAUGUCACCAUGCAUGACGUUGCCACAAAAACAGAACCAGCCGGUGGUGUAACACAGUUGUUGAGUCCUCAGCAGCCUGGAAAGGAUGCACCCAAAGAUGGAGAGGAUGGCGCGUCCUCCCCUGUUCAUAAACCACCUCCUGGGUAUGCAGCCAAAUCCAUACAUUUGACCACCUCCUCCUUGUUGUCCUCCUCUUCUUCUACGUGUGUGGCACUGUCACCAGGCCGCGCAAAGAUGAGUGUUUCUGGGCCUAUUAGUAGUAAACCUGUCCUGCCAUCUGCACUUCCAUCGUGCUCCUCUCCCUCUACCUUAUCGGAACCACCAAAAAUCCAUAGGGCACGUAAAACAAUGACCCGGCUACCACCAAUGCAGAGGAGCCAAAUAGACACAGCACCUGCACCUGUGACGCCGUCAGGGUCGUCGUCCGACACUGAAACUGUUGCGAAAAAAAGAAAACUUGGCGUUUUAUCUGCCAGCUCUCCUGACAAAACCGAGAACAUUUCUGACAAUACACAAAAACCGGAGUCGGAUUCCGAAUCACCGAGAGACACGCUGAUUCAGAGCAAGUCUCGAGAGUUUCCAUGGAAACAGGCAGAUCAGGCGACAGACAGAAUCAACUCUGAUGUGCUGGAGACAGUAGGAGCUGGAAGGUCCGCCGAGUACACCGAGGUUCCCUUGGAUGCACUGGACAUUGCUGCUGCCGACAGCCUGACACUCUCACCUCAUCAUGAGGGAAGCGACGGGGGCGACACGGAGCGGCUAGAGGAGCUUCCCCUUUGCAGCUGCAGGAUGGAAGCGCCUCGCUUCGACAGCACCAGCCACCGCGUCAGCAGACAGUGUAUGGCCACUGAGAGCAGCAAUGGAGAGCUGAGGCCCUGCACCAAUGUGACGGUCAAGGGAGAGACCAUGCGACCAUCUAGCCGGGUGCCCCUUAUGGUGCUUUGUGAGACCCAUCGCUCUCACAUGGUGAAACACCACUGCUGUCCCGGUUGUGGAUUCUUUUGUGUAGCAGGAACAUUCCUUGAGUGUUGCCCGGAUCAGCGCAUCGCCCACCGUUUCCACCGUGGGUGUGUCACGGUACUCGGGGGUGGGCGGAGCAGAACAAAUGGCGGAAUGCUUUUCUGUCCCCACUGUGGUGAGGAUGCCACUGAGGCUCAAGAGGUCACCAUGCCUUCCUUGAGCGCAGCGACAGCUUCCUCCACCAUGGUGGUCACCAUGUCGGCGUCCUCCACCACCACGCCGUCUUUGCCCCCAUCUGUCCCUUCGGCGCCCUCUCUCACAGCCUCCACAGGAGGGAUGAAAGAUGGGAAGAUGCCUGAAAGGCCUAUGCUUUUCUGUCCCCACUGUGGUGAGGAUGCCACUGAGGCUCAAGAGGUCACCAUGCCUUCCUUGAGCGCGGCGACAGCUUCCUCCACCAUGGUGGUCACCAUGUCGGCGUCCUCCACCACCACACCGUCUUUGCCCCCAUCUGUCCCUUCGGCGCCCUCUCUCACAGCCUCCACAGGAGGGAUGAAAGAUGGGAAGAUGCCUGAAAGGCCUGUCAGUGCACGGAUGCGCAGCCAUGGAAUGACGCCUCUAACAGUGGAGCAACAGCAGCCGCCACCGCCUGUGCCCUCAACCGCAUCCGCCGCCACCGUGCCGCCUCCUGAGGAGGGAGUGGACAGCGUGGGGCCGUCUGUGUGUAUGCCAAAUGGGAAGCCAGUCACCCCCAGUGCUCUUCCACCAGGACCCAGCAGGGCGGCGCUCCAAAAGGCGAUUCUCACACAGGAUACCGAAAGGAGAAAGAAACUGAGGUUCCACCCACGACAACUUUACCCUGCUGUCAAACAAGGUGAAGUCCAGAGAGUUUUGCUCAUGCUAAUGGAGGGCAUUGAUCCCACAUACCAGCCUGACUCUCAGAAUCGACGCUCUGCUCUGCAUGCGGCCGCUCAGAGAGGUCUUUUGGAAGUCUGCUACAUACUUCUGCAAGGGGGUGCUCAAAUUGAUGCUCAGGACAAGGACCUGAGAACGCCUCUUCUUGAAGCCAUUGUCAACAAUCAUGUAGAGGUGGCUCGAUACCUGAUCCAGAAUGGGGCUUGCGUCUAUCAUGUUGAGGAGGAUGGAUAUACUGGCCUCCACCAUGCAGCCAAACAGGGCAACCUUGAAAUUGUCAACACACUACUGGAGACGGGACAGGUGGAUGUAAAUGCACAGGAUAGCGGUGGUUGGACGCCAAUCAUCUGGGCUGCAGAACACAAACACGUGGAGGUGAUCAAAGUGCUGCUGAACCGAGGAGCUGACGUUACCAUCAAUGACAAGGAGUUGAAUGUAUGUCUACACUGGGCAGCUUAUGCAGGAAAUGUGGACAUUGCAGAGAUGGUGUUGAACAAGGAAACGUUCACACUGUACUGCUACUUGGAAUGUGUUACCUUGUUUCUCUCGAGAGGUGCAGAUAUCGACACGAUUAACAGGGAGGGAGACACACCGCUCACCCUUGCGCGCCCCGACACGCCGGUAUGGGUUGCGCUCCAGAUCAACAGGAAGAUACGAAGGGGAAUAACCAAUCGCAUGCUUAGGACAGAAAGAAUUAUCUGCAGUGACAUUGCCCAGGGCUAUGAGAACGCACCCAUUCCAUGUGUAAAUGCAGUAGAUGAUGAAGGCUGUCCUUCAGACUACAAAUACGUUUCAGAAAACUGUGAAACGUCAGCAAUGAACAUAGACCGUAACAUUACACAUUUACAGCACUGUGGAUGCACUGAUGACUGCUCCUCUAGUAACUGCCUCUGUGGACAGCUCAGCAUCCGCUGCUGGUAUGACAAGGAUCAACGGUUGCUUCAAGAGUUUAAUAAGAUCGAACCGCCCCUAAUUUUCGAAUGCAACAUGGCCUGUUCUUGUCACCGUUCAUGCAAGAACAGGGUGGUACAGACUGGCAUCAAAGUUCGCCUUCAACUCUACAGGACAGAGAAGAUGGGCUGGGGCGUUCGAGCGUUGCAAGACAUUCCCCAGGGAAGCUUCAUCUGCGAAUACGUGGGGGAGCUCAUCUCAGACGCAGAAGCAGACGUUAGAGAGGAUGACUCCUACCUUUUUGACCUGGACAAUAAGGACGGGGAGGUGUACUGCAUUGAUGCCCGUUACUACGGGAACAUCAGCCGCUUCGUCAACCACCUUUGUGACCCAAACCUCAUCCCCGUGCGUGUGUUCAUGCUGCACCAGGACCUGAGAUUUCCACGCAUUGCCUUCUUCAGCUCCAGAGACAUCCUUAGCGGUCAGGAACUUGGGUUUGACUAUGGAGAUCGCUUUUGGGACAUUAAGAGCAAAUACUUUACCUGCCAAUGUGGCUCAGAGAAAUGCAAACACUCUGCAGAGGCCAUUGCUUUGGAGCAGAGCAGACUGGCUCGACUGGAGGCCAGUCCUGAGUCGGGAGCAGACUGCGGGUUGACCAUUCCCAUCAUUUAAUAGCAGAAAUAGGCAUUUGUCUAAUGUCCGGUGCUUUUUACUUUUUUCAGUGUCAGUUAUAUAUUUUCGCCACCAAACCACAGACUGAAUUGCAAAGUCAGCGAUCAUUUCCUUGAUGCUAAGACAACAUGAAACAGUUGUCUUGAAAUGUCAUUAUUGUUUAAAUACUCUAUGCUGGUUGUUAAACAUUGUAUAUUUGACAAAACCGAUUUCAGCAUUAAUCUGCCAUUAUGUAACCCAUACUGUAUAUUUACUGUUGGUGCCAAGAAACUGCUUUUUUCUACACACUCUGGGAAGCCAGAAAUCCAAUGACGUAGCAUGUAUUGCAGGCAUAGCACAUCCAUUUGUGUUGCGUUUUUACAUCUGUCUUUUGUUGUUGUUUGUUUUUUAUACCUUAUUUGAAAUAAUAAAUUUGAAGAACAUUUUUUCACAUUGAA